CGCAAGUCGUCUUCCGCUUCAUCGCAUCGUCCCAGUAUUGGCCGGCGGCAAGAUCGCGCAUAGGAUUGUCGUCAACGUCAACUGCUGUCUAGAUCUUUAUUGCUGCACCACAUUCGUGUCCUGUCAUCCGCCGAGCAACAAUAUCCUCAAAACGGACUGCAGCUGAUUCGCGAACAAUGUCGACCAGUGGCAGUUGGAGCCCAGACUCCUGGCGCACAAAGACAGUAGCUCAGCCUGUCCGGUACCCUGAUCAGGGGCAUCUCGAUCAAGUCCUUGGGACCAUCAAGACACUUCCUCCUCUUGUAACGCCUUCUGAGAUCGAGCGUCUUCGUCACCAGCUAUCCGCAGUUCAGCGGGGAGAUGCUUUUCUUCUGCACGCCGGUGACUGCGCGGAGAGUUUCGACGCUUGCACUCACGAAAACAUAUCCGCGAAGAUUGGUCUUAUUCUCUCGUUCUCGCUCAUUCUGAUUUGGGGCCAACGCCUGCCAGUCGUAAGAAUUGGCAGAAUCGCCGGGCAGUAUGCGAAGCCGCGCUCCAGCAGCUAUGAAAAGAUCGGCGAAAAACAAGUUCUCAGCUUCAGGGGCGACAAUGUGAAUGGGUUGGACCCUAACGACCGCACACCGGACCCGGAGCGGCUACUCCGAGCUUACUUCUACUCGUCGACCACCCUUAACUACGUGCGCGCCUUACUUGGUUCUGGCUUCGCAUCUCUCCAUCACCCCCGUGGUUGGUCAUUGGAUCACGUCCGAAGCUCUUCCCUCAGGGAGGAGUUCAAGAAGGUUACAGAGGGCCUUCAAGACGCCCUCGACUUCAGUCAAACCAUUGGUUACUCGGCAGGCCGCGAGGAAUCCAGCUACGAAAAGGGCGGAGUACGCGGCGUUCUCGGGGAAGUCGACUUUUAUACCAGUCACGAAGGCUUGAUGCUCGACUACGAGCAAGCCCUCACCCGCGAAUCCCCCCUUCCUGGCAAGUCGCAAACCAUCAUUUCAGCCUCCGGUCUCUCGACCCCACGCGGCGCCCACUCGCAAUCUCCCCCAUCCAUCACUCCGAACGGAUUGACAGUCCGCGGCGGCACGGACACAGCCUGGUACAACACCUCAGCCCACUUCCUGUGGAUUGGCGACCGCACCAGGCAGCUAGACGGCGCGCAUGUAGAAUACUUCCGAGGUAUACGCAAUCCGAUCGGUGUCAAGGUUGGCCCCAGCAUGCAAGAUGAUGAACUGAUAACAUUGUUGGACGUGAUCAAUCCUGACAAGGAAACGGGCCGAAUUACAUUGAUCACCCGAUACGGCGCUGGAAAGAUUGAGAACCAUCUUUCUGGCCAUAUCGCCGCGGUCCAGUCUUCUGGUCAUCCCGUAGCGUGGAUCUGUGACCCUAUGCAUGGCAACACACUCACCGCGUCCACCGGGGUGAAAACGCGGCAUUUCAAGACAAUCGUAUCCGAGUUAACGUCGUGCAUUCGCAUACACGCCGAAUGCGGAUCCAGAUUGAACGGCGUAAGCUUGGAGUUCACUGGCGAAAUCAACGAAGAAGGGUUCAGCGUCACUGAAUGCCUUGGCGGGAGCAUGGAACUGAGUGAGGAAGAGCUUGGUUUGAGAUAUCAGUCGUUCUGCGAUCCGAGACUGAAUUUUGAGCAGUCUCUGGAUGUUGCAUUCCUUCUCUCCGAGCAUUUCAAGAAAGAACGACGUUACAACCCACGGGUCGGGGAGAAAGGAAUCUAUUCCGAGCUGCUUGGAAAGCAGGCAUCAUGAAAGAUCUCAUCGAUGAAUAACAAUAUGAUACAAAGCAUAUCGUAUAUGACAUAUUUCUAAUGCACAACAAGGUUGCAAUGAGUGAUAGCGCGUUGAGAUGUAAAAUGUACAGUAAUCAGAGC